CUUAAUUUUGAAAGUUAUUCAGCCGUCGAGGUUAAUGGCUACAGUGACGAAAGCUUAAAAGCUAAGUAAAACAAAACGCACAUCCGAUAAGAAACGUUAGUAAUCGCUACGAUGUAUACAAACAAGAGUGCUACAGGAUGGGGAAAUUGAGAGACACUUCAAGAGCUCGUUACGCUCACGCGCGCCGGAACACCGGAAUGAUGCCGAAUCGGUCGGUCGGGUACUCCAUUUGCCUAUAAAUAGAGGGGUACGCUGAUAAGAAAGCUGCUGCAAUUGGGGAAGAUCCGCGAAAGCUCGCUCUCGCCCGCACACUCACACGCGCGCACUCAGAGCCUUGCCGUGGGAACGGUGGCGUUGUGUAUAAGGACACGGGAUCAAAACACGGGAGAAAAAAGGAUGUCCUGUACAGCUAACUGGCGAGAGACUGGUUUGCCUGGUGAGCGUGCCUAGCGCUCUGCGUGAGCAGUGUGUGGUGUGCUAUACGGCACUCCGAUAUCAGUGCCAGUGAUAAGAAAAUGCACUGCAGAAUCGUCGUCAAUCGAACACGGCCGCCAGCCGAAGACGGACAGAAACGGUGAAAGGCGAUUUUUGUGCGCGUCUGGUUGGAAAAGGAGGAAGAAAAAAAAAGCUCACCCAGAAAAAGGAGCAGAAGCUGCUUUUCCAAUUGGAAAACGAAGCACGUUUGGCCUAGUUUAAAUAGUGUAACGAAUAGUCAACAAAAAGGACCAGCAUUCAGUGGAUGUGUGGAUGUAGAAAACCAGUAAGCACAACAACGGUAGAAGCAAAAAAAAAACAAGAAAUACUAGCGAACAAAAACAGUGAGAAAAGCGCUAGGGCUGUUUUUCGCCCACUCGCCCUUCUUUUCCGGCACACACUCCCAACCCCACAGUGAUACGGUGGUGCUUAUCACUUUGUUUAAUUAGGGUACCAGUGAUAAUGGACUUUGCCGUGAAAAGUGUACAAGGACGCGACCGAAUGCGACAUCAACAGGAAGCGAAGGAGGCACCGAAAUCUCCGUUUUGAACAAUACUCGCAGCAUUCGACUAGCGGGAGCUUACCGAUAAGAAGCUGCUUAACUGCUGCUUUGGGAUCGGUGCUCGAAGCUGGGAAGCAGCCCGUGUAGGGUAGGGAGAGGGGGUGGUCGAGAAGGGUCGCGCAGCGGUGAUAACGACGAUGGCGGCGGUCUAACGAAGAAAAGCCAAGGGACAGCGCUCUAGCGGGUGCGCGCGGGCUGUGUGGUGGUGAACGUGCCGAGAGUCGAGAGUGCGGGUGUACUGUUACUAAUGGCCAAAAGCUUGCUACCGUGAGCGAGCGCAAGCACGAGCAACGAUUACGUGGAGCCGAACAGCGGCCGAAAGGAUCGCAGCCGAAUCCAAUAUCAGUCGUCCUCACGGGACAUGCGCCUGACGACGCUUUUCGCGCGCUCGCGGCAGUACAAUAGUGUACAACCAGCACCGCACGCGAUACAAGCCCCUAACGCAACGAUGCCAGUGGCGACGAUGUGUUGAUAUUUCAAACGGAACGAUGAACAAACUUUUCUGCCGGCUUUCCAUCGUCCGUUGAUGCAUUUGGACGUGUGCAUGAUGAUGACGGUGUCGAUGCUUCAGAUAUCCGCACCGCAAUACAGAGGCAUCUUGUGUCCGUGUUUACAGGGAGGCAAAACGAGCAGUGUAAACGCUUAGUGGUAGUGGAAAUAUCGUCCAAGCGUUUGCAACCACGGAAUUAAAAGCAAUAGAGAGAAUGGUCGAGGUGUCGGGCGGACGCCGCACUGCCGCUGGUCGAUUGUGAUUGGGAAACUAUGUGUGUACGCGCCUCCAUCGCGUUUAUCAGUGGCCGCUCUCGCUCGUGCAAACUUCGAUGCCGCCGCCGCACCGGGGGAGACAACAGGACACACACCGACGUUGCUCCGUACGCUUGCAACGCAAUGCAACUGAUAACGUAAUGAGUGUUAUGUGCGUGUGCGCUCACGAACCGACUCUCUCUCGCUCUUCUAUGCUCGCGGAGCGCUGGUCGGUUGGACCGCGAUAAGGGAAGCGUUAUCCUUGGCAUAUGCUUAUCACCAACACGUGCGAACACGCCAGAACGAGGGAGCAAUUUUAUCAUCCUGUAUUCCAAUAGUAAUAGCCACAAUAACAGCAAGAACAAUGGUAGUGUUUGGAAGGACAGCACUAAAGAUGACCAACCUAAUGUGUCUCAUCGGCACAAUUGUAGUAAUUUGCUUGAUAGAGUUGAUCGUCGCGCGCGAUAUAUACGAUCACUACGAACACAGCAUGCGGCGCGGUCACCGGGGGCUUCAUCAGCAGCACCAGCACCAGCAACACGAAGAGCAACAGCAACAGCAGCAAGAGCAGCACCAUCAGUACAACAUUAACCAUAACAGCAAGCACAAUGGCAAUAGCAACUACCACCAAGCCUACUGUGGGAGGCAGGUGAGAUUUUACGAAAAAUCGCACCACUCCAAACACGCCGGCCAUCAUCAGCCGCGCGUGGAAACGAUCGCGAUGAAACACAAGCGCCACUACGCCAGCCAACAUCAGCGCACUAAUGCGUCCAUCGGCGGGCUGCAGCACUACACGCCAGGGUCCUCGUCCUGGCCCGACGGUACACCCGAGGAGCACGAACAAACGUUUCUGAUGCUUCAGGACGACCAGGACGGGGACCAGCAGCAAUACGAUGGCAGUGCGGCACCAGGGCUGAAGCAGCUCAAACACCACGGCCCGGUGCCGGUGUGGCCCGUCAAGCGGGAGGCGGUGGUCGAGGGUGACCUCAUCCUCGGCGGUCUCAUGAUGGUGCACUCGCGCGAAGAUUCCGUCACGUGCGGUCCGAUCAUGCCGCAGGGUGGUAUACAGGCGCUGGAAACGAUGCUCUACACGCUGGACAAGAUCAACGAGCAGGGCCUGGUGCCGAACGUGACUAUCGGUGCCCACAUUCUGGACGACUGCGACAAGGACACGUACGGGCUGGAGAUGGCGGUCGACUUUAUCAAGGGCUCGAUCAGCAAUAUCGACGACAUCAACGACUAUGACAACUGCAGUAAGGGGCACAAGAAGAAAAUCAUUUCCGGCGUGGUUGGGGCCGCUUCGUCCGUGACUUCGAUACAGGUAGCGAAUUUGCUGCGAUUAUUUAAAAUACCUCAGGUUUCCUUUUUUUCUACAAGUCCAGAGUUGAGCAAUAAACAACGAUUCGAAUAUUUUUCGCGAACUAUACCGUCGGAUCAUUAUCAGGUGAAGGCAAUAGUGGACAUCGUCCAGAAGCUGGGCUGGAGCUACAUUUCCAUUAUUUACGAAGAGAGCAACUACGGUAUAAAGGCAUUUGAAGAAUUAGACGAUUUGCUAUCCAAGCAUAACAUUUGCAUAGCUGUUAAGGAGAAACUAGUAAAAGAUUCUGGCGUUGCUGAUACGAUAGCGUAUGAUAACAUAGUACUUAAGCUGUUAACUAAGCCACGUGCUAAAGGUGUUAUUAUAUUUGGAUCAGACCAAGAGGUGGCCGAAGUGAUGAAGGCAGUCCGGCGGCAAAAUGUUACAGGGGUAUUUUCGUGGAUCGGCUCGGACGGAUGGAGCGCCCGCAAUCUGGUGUCGGACGGCAACGAGGCCGAGGUGGAGGGUACACUGUCCGUACAACCGCAAGCCAAUCCAGUGAUCGGGUUCGAAGACUAUUUUCUCAAUCUGACCGUUAUUAAUAAUAAGCGCAAUCCUUGGUUUGUAGAAUUCUGGGAAAAUAAUUUCCAAUGUAAAUAUCCCAACUCACCGUACACGCCGUACAAUAAGGACUACAAGAAGGUGUGCUCGACCACGGAGAAGCUUUUGAAGCGGGAUCUUGACUUUGAAGAUCAGCUGCAGUUUGUGAGCGACGCCGUGAUGGCGUUUGGAUACGCGUUCAAAAACAUGCAUCAAGAGCUAUGCGGCGGCAAACCGGGUCUAUGUGAUGCGAUGAAUCCUACCAAGGGAUCGGAGCUGCUGAAAUAUCUUCGCAAGGCGGAUUUUAUCGGUCUCAGCGGCGAUAGGUUCAAUUUCGAUGUCAACGGCGACGGUCCGGCUCGAUACAACAUUAUCCAUUUCAAGCAGGUAGCACCGGAACGGUACACGUGGAUAAAGGUCGGCGAGUACUAUCAGGGUGAGCUGCGGUUGAAUAUGCAAGAUAUUCAAUUCCGCACGAAAGAUUCCAUGCCACCGGAGUCGGUUUGCAGCAGACCGUGUGAGCGGGGCCAAGCCAAAAAGUAUGUCGAAGGUGAGGGAUGUUGCUGGCAUUGCUUCAAUUGCACACAGUACCAGAUACGAAGUCCAAACGAUGAAACACACUGUGUCAACUGUCCAAGGGGAACGCUACCAGACGUUUACCACGAGGAGUGCCAGCAGAUUCCCGAAUCUUACCUACGGCCGGAAUCAUUCCUAGCAAUUGGUGCAAUGACGUUCAGCUCAUUUGGCAUACUGAUUACCUUCUUCGUUAUCGGUGUAUUUUUGAAACACAACGAUACACCCAUCGUUAGAGCAUCCGGCCGAGAGUUAAGCUACGUGUUGCUUAGUGGCAUAUUGCUCUGCUUCGGUGUGACUUACACGCUGGUUAUCAAACCGAACGAUAUAGUUUGUGGGGUCCAAAGAUUUUGGUCCGGCUUCUCGUUCACCGUUGUCUACGCAGCGCUACUCACCAAAACGAAUCGUAUCGCGCGCAUCUUCAAUGCGAGCACCAAAUCAGCAAAACGUCCGUCUUUCAUAAGCCCGCACUCUCAGCUAGUCAUAUGCGGAAUACUGGUUUCCUUCCAGAUUUUAAUCAAUGCAGUAUGGAUGAUCGUGUCCCCUGCACACGCCAUGCACUACUAUCCCACGCGGGAGGAUAAUCUGUUGGUUUGCAACUCCUACACCGAUGCAUCCUAUAUGAUUGCAUUCUUUUAUCCUAUCUUUCUGAUCGUCAUCUGCACCGUAUACGCCGUGCUGACACGGAAGACACCCGAAGCUUUUAAUGAGUCUAAGUAUAUUGGUUUUACAAUGUAUACCACUUGCGUUAUAUGGCUUGCAUUUAUACCACUGUACUUCGGCACGGCCAAUAAUGUUCAGCUUAGAAUAUUUACAAUGUCCAUGACAAUUAGCCUGUCGGCAACAGUGACGUUAGUAUGCUUAUUCUCACCAAAGCUUUACAUCAUAUUGAUUCGUCCGGAGCGAAACAUACGACAAAGUAUGAUGCCCAUCCGAUAUAGCACAAUAAACAAAACGACCGGUUCGGCACAGUCGUCGGUGAUGGCGGCGGUCAUAGUAACGGCGGCCACGUGCAACGAGAACGAGAAGGUCAUCAAGAAUGCAUCCAACGAAAACAUACCGGCCGCGUACUGAUACACAAAAAAGGUGAAGCUUAAGGGAGGUGCAGGGCAACGCUUCAAAACCAAAACAACACAACAGAGCAACAACAGCUAAAAACUCAUCAUGAGCUCCUAUGGUGGCCGCUAUUAUUGAAAGUUAGUUUUUAACGACCAAUUACAUAAAUUGUGCGACGAGACAGUGGGAGAAACAGAGAUAGUUGGUUUAAUUUUCUAGCCAUGUUUGGAACUCAGUUCGCAUUGCGUGUUAAAUGAGAGAACAUUUACGGGGGAUUAGGAGGAAAUAACAGAGAGAAAUAAUGAAAAAAAUAUAAAUAUAUAGUAUCCGUUCAAAAUGACUUGCCUAA